GAGCUGGAAAGGAGGCUGCUUUGAGGCUGCCUCAUCACACCUUAGCUUCCACAACACGACAGGAGCCCCGAUAGAAACGACCCGCAAGAGCUUGCUAGCACUUGCGGGCAGGACCCCUCUGGAAGGUCUCGAGCAAGCAGCCUGAGAGCCUACACACGCCCGCAGUGGAAACGGCCGUUGUAUCGCGGAAAUCGCCGACGAUUAAUGCUACCAUCCCUAAUUCUUCUCAACGGCAGGAGCUUGACAUGCUGAGCACAGACGGCGGAUCUUUGAACUUAGCCCCGACUUCCUGGGAGUUAUACGCCUCGAAAUAUCUGGACGUCAACGGUCUUGUCGACCAUUGGCCAGGUGGACAAUGGCUGUGAUGUGACGAUGCUCUCUAUCACUUACAGCAGGCUGCAAGCACCAGGGCGGCAGCGCAUGGGCCAAGCAUCUCUAGGCUGCAGCUUGGACAAUUGACCGCUCGCUUGCCUCGGCCGCAGCGAAUGACAGGCCAGUCACUGACCGAUCCAGUCAUCAAGUCAUCCCCCACCCAACCACAACCACCCUAGUAAUCUUCGCGAUCCUCAGCAUCCUCGUCAUCCUCGCCAUCCUCGCCAGCUUAAUGUUCAAGGCUUGACAUCCGACAACAGGCAGCUCGGUUCCGGGCCAUUCUAUGCCCUUCCAUCACAUCCGAUCCCAUCCACCACCACCCAUUGCAUCCGGUGUCCUAUUGCACUUGUCUGCUUGGCCGAUACAUCAUACAGUCACAGGUCUACUACCUAUUUGGUACGCGGCCUGGGUUUGACUCAGACCUGCCCCUGCCAGUACCCGCCUAGGAACUCGUUGUCAUUCUACUUCCAAGUUCCUCAUCUCGCCUGCUCCUCGCAACACCGGACCAGGACCAGACUGCUCCUCACACCCCUUUCCCCCUCCUGCUGGGCGCACCCUGUCACAUUUGCUGCGUUCCCCGAGCCUGCUCUCGGCCUCACCCUCACCUGACUUGUCACGGGAACCGGCAAGUGAGGAGGACCACGCUUUGUUGCUCGGUAUCUCGCCUACUGAAUUCGUGUCGUACAACGAGGACAGCGCCCGGCCUCGUCGUGCGGUCAUGCCCAAGAAAAGACACACCAACAGAUUCUCCAAACCACAGUCCACAGCUCCGGCAUCUCUUGCAAGUAGCUCGACGUCAGCGACUGGCAAUGAUGAUCACCAUCGUCCCAGUGUAAAUCAGCUCCUAGCGUCCCUCCGGCGCACGAGGCUGAAUAGCAGUGACCAGCAGACCUCAGCCCACGUCGCAAAUAUCGCCGGCCCCAGUGUGCCGCCACAAAUCCGUCAGAUCCUAUUGCCUGGCGUCCCGGAAGCCCCGGGGCCACCCCCAAGAAGGCGGCCUCGUUUUGCUCCUCGCUUUGAUGCUCAGGGCCGAAGGCUUCCAGCCGGUCCGCCACCACCGCGCAGCUGGUUGUCAUUGUCACGGCAUGCUCCGAGCCUCGAGUCCAACGGACAUCAUGCUGGGGCGUACGAGCAGCGACUGCUUCCCGGUCUUUACCGGCCAGGAGAGCGGAGUCUGAUGGACGUCGCUCUGCGCAGUAUGGCGCUCGAUUGGGAAUACCAGAGGUCUUACAACCUCUACUACAUUUACAAUCUGCCCGACCGGGUUCGAAUGGCUCUAAUUCAUUACGUCAACACGAUGUAUGAGCCCGGACUGUCAUUAUUGGACUUGAAGAUCAUACUCCUCCCUCAGGCUCCCGAGGACGAUGACGGCAAUGGAGCCGCGACGGAGCCUCCACCGAGUCCCAGUUCUCUGAAUGAGGGAAUCACUCAUCUAGACCUGUCCAUGUCAACCGAAAGGGCCAUCAAGCUUCGGGAGCUCUCAAACUUCCUAUUCCCGUCAAAUCCUGACGGCGAUGGCCCGCUGCUGGACUCAUGGGACGCUCCGGAGUCGACAGCUAUCCCUCGGCCCCUUCUCGUAAAUCUGACCCACCUCUCGCUUGCCGCGAGCCCAGAAACCAGCAAACUCUGCUCCUGGAAACAACUGCUUGCCUUCUCAUCACACCUCCCGACCCUGACGCAUCUCAGUCUCGCGUACUGGCCAAUUCCGUCCCUCACGCCGAACGCCACAUUUGCCAAGGUGGUGAGUGCCCAGGGCCAGUCGUUCCAGUACGGAGGUCGGAACCCCUACAGCCACACGCUGGACGACGACUGGUCCGAGGCGAUCCUAGUCCUGCGGAAGCUGAGCAAGAGUCUAUACGGGCUGGAAUAUCUAGACCUGACGGGCUGUGGGGCGUGGGAAAAGGCGCUCACAGCUCACGCACACGGUCCCGAUGAUGAGAUAGAUAUGAUUGACUGGGCCGGCGACUGGGGCAAGAUCGAGACCAUCAUCUUGACAGCUGGGCAUACGGCUCAAGCGGCGGUUGAAGCCGGAAAAUUGGCCGAGUACGAGAAGUUGAUCAGUGAGGCAAGAUUGACGGAGAGGAUAAUCCGUGCAAGAAGGGCUGGCAAAGGCCGUCCUAUUACUGUUGAGGCGGAUCCAGAUCUGGAUCUCUAGCGUCACCAACGUCCUGCUGGUGUCGCAGAUUAAUAGAACUGCGAAUGUCUGUCCGUUCUGGCGUGCCAUCAGAUCCGUUGCCAUCUCCCCUUCUUGGCUUGACAAGGCAUGUGGACGACACUGCUCCGAGCGAACAGUUGGCAUUGGCACACAGCCGCCCAUAGCUGGCGGCAACGCCCCGCGUGAGGACGCAUCGACCAUUAUCGUGACCAUUAUACCUCGCUUCAAGGCGAUCAUACUGUCUUCUUCAUUCAGGGAAUCUGCCUGCCCAGAAAACUGAUGCCAAUCCUGACUUGCCGGCAGAGUCUACUCUGCAGCCGCUACCGACAAAGGCCCCCUCUCCUCUGUUCUCCUGAUCGACAUUCGCAUCGGCCUUCAUUACGCUCAAGUAUCGUGGCUGUGAGUCGCCCCAUUCUGCACGUCCCACAAGCGAGUACCGGCACAUCGCAAACGCUGCACUGCCUCUCAUCGCCCUUUUUUCUUUUGUUUUUGCCCGUGCGUGAGUGUAGUGUGGGCGGACCUCGUCCUCCUGGCCCCUUUUCAAAGGAAAUUUUCCGUGUUGGGGCAAUGGGCAACAGAAAUCCCGGAGUGAAUUUUCCGAAACAAUUUCUUUCUCUCCCGGUGCCGGCGACAUGCGUGUCAAUGCCUUCCCCAACGCUUGCUUGCGCCCGGUGAAGAAAGUCGCAGCUUCACCGGCUGCGUCAUUCUUGCCGGUCACGCGACGGGACGAGGUCGGGGGUGGAAAACCGGGAAAGGAUGGGAUGGGGUUUUGUUCUCCUCUCCCUCUCUCUCUCGUGUGUCUUUGCCUGCCCCUUCACCUGCCUCCCUACUUCGGACCGCAUCGUGCAUACAGUGUCGAGGAGGUUCGGAAAUGCAAUGUCCGCCCGCCGACGCCGGCCUCAGGUACAGGGCGUGGCAGUGCAGUGCAGUGCAGUGCAGGCACAAGCAGGAAAGCGGUAGAGCAAUUACUCAUCGAAGGCCCAGGGGGGUCGGCAGGAAGAGGGAGGGAAUCAAUUCUUUUCUUGGGGGUUUUCGCGAUGGCGGAUAUAGAUCCCAGAUCCAGGAGAGGUCAGUGAACAAUGGCCUGGCCACACAUGGAUCAACACAUACUUACAUGUGCAUAAAUACAUACGGUCUGUCCCGGGUGGGCGCAUGCCCCUCUCGUCAAAUGCUGGUCCGGAGCAGGGCAGAGAGGCAAGAGGCACAUGCUUCGCGCGGGCGAGGGCAACACUUCGCGCGCGCCGAGCCUUUUUAUUGAAUGUCUGUCGACGACAAGGUUCCAUCGUAGACGAGCGAGCGCGUGUUGGAGCGGCCGCCCAUAUUAUACAACGCAGACUGUAGGAUGGGUCGGUAAAGAAGAAGCCUCUCGCAUGGGUGCCCCAUCCGGGCGCCAAACCACCCACAUACCCACACACACACACACACACACACCAACGCUUAGUGCUUGAUGCCUCUUGGGGAGGGGGUGGGGACGCGAUCUGCAUAACACUGGGGCGAUCUGGGAG